AUGUCACGAAGAUCAGGUAGAAGAUCAUUCAAUAUAGAUAAUAAUAACAACAGCAUCCCCGAAGAUGAAGAUAUAAUGGAACAAUCACAAACGGAAUCACAACAACCAUUAAAUUCAGAAAAUCAAGAUUUACAACCCAACCCAGAAGAACAAGAUCAAGAAGAAGUAGAAGGAGGAGAAGAUUUCAUUGAUGAAGAAGAUGAGAUCACAAGAUGUAUCUGUCAAAACGAUGAGCUACAACAAUCAUCAAUAAAUCCACAAUUGGCAAAUUUGUUAAAGAAAAAAUUUAAGAUUGAAAUUGAUCAAGGUUUAUUUAUUCAAUGUGAUAAAUGUCACGUCUGGCAACAUGGUUAUUGUGUUGGUCUAUAUGAAAAUAAUGAUGUCCCUGAUAAGUAUUGGUGUGAAUUAUGUAAACCUGAAUUGCAUACAUUGGUCAAAAAUGAUCAAUUUAGUAAACGAACAUUAUACAAACCUGUUAAUGAUAAACGUAAAAAGAUUGAAAUGUCCGAGGAGGAGAAUCAUGGGACAACUGCAAUGAAACCAAAACGCAGAGAAAAACAAGCAGCAGUUAAAAAGGAGAGGAAAGAUAGAAGACAUCAUCAUCCGUAUGAAGAUUAUGAUGAACAACUACAAAAAGCAUUGAGAGAAAGUGCAAAAGAGCUGGGAAUAAAUGUAGAAGAAGAAAAGGAGAAUAGCAAUAAUAACAAUAAGAAGAGGAAGAUAGAGUCAGUAGAAGAUAGGAAAAUCAAAGAAGAAUCAAGUGAUGAAAUUGAACAAGAACAGGAAAAAGACAAGGAGAAAUUACCACCACCGAUCAAAAAGAAAGGCAAGAAGAAAAAUAAAUCAGAUAAUGGUAACUCAAACUCAAAUUCUGAAUCAUCUUCAACUACAACAGUACUAGAUAAAGAAGAAUUAAUUAAACAAAAUUCAAAACCAAGAUAUGAUAAUGAAAAAGCAUCAAUAUACGAGUUGAGAAAACGAACAGGUGCAAUUUUAGAAUGGUUAGGAAGAUCUCAAAUUGAAUUACAAGAUGAAAUACAACUGAAACAAAAACUAUUCGAAAAUGAAUCAAUUAGUUUAGAUUCAUAUAAUGAGAAUUUAAAAAGUAUGGAAAAUUUAACAAAUCAGAUAAUAUCAUGGGAAGAGAAAUAUGGCAAAUAUGCUCCAUAA